AUGCCCCCCGUCGCUCGUCGGGGCUUCAGCGUCUCUGCACUGCGAUGCGACGUCUCCACCAAGUCCAGCUCUGUCCCCACGCCGGCAACAAACUCAUCCGCCUCAGGCAGUGGAGAGGAGAGGAACCUGCCUACUGAGCAGAGGGAGAGGAAUGACACUGCUGUUGAGGCCCACAUCGUCAGCGAUGCGCCUGCUGAGCUUCAUCAGCGCACAGUUCGUAUCUACAAGCCCGCGAAGACAGCCAACUCCUCAGGUCGAGCCGGUAUCGCCCACUGGCGCGUCAACUUCGACCUCAUUCAAUCCUCAGACCGAUGGGAGAACCCACUCAUGGGAUGGGCUUCCACGGCAGACUAUGUUCACAACCUUAACAUGCAGUUCAAGACCAAGGAGGAUGCGAUUCACUUUGUUGAGAAGCAAGGAUGGAACUACUUCGUGCAGGAGCCCAAGAGUGCCAGGAUCAGGCCAAAGAACUACGCCAGCAACUACUCAUACGAUGCGAGGAAGUUGAGGAUUCACCACACAAAGUAG